CUGUUUGCUGUUCAGCUUCGUCUGUUCGUGCUCGUCAGUCGUGUCGCACCUUCUCCUUCUCCUUCUUCUCUCUAAAGGCAGCUGACCUGUGGUAAGUACAACAGACUUCAGCAGACCAGUUGACUUCUUACUGUCUAUCAUUCACUGUCAGCAGACACUUCACCACAAUGGCCAAAUACAUCACAGAACUUCAAGUGUCCCUGAAUGCAGCUGAGGAGCAAUCCUUUGAAUCAGAUGGCUUCAACAAAAUCAAUGUCAAUCUGAACAAAGGAGCAGGAGGGAAUGUCAUCUAUCUUUGGUACAAACAUGGAUCAGUGGCGAUCACCAAGGUUCAAGUUUCCUUCAACGAAGAUAUGGCUGUUGGUUUGAUCAAUGCAGGGUACACAAAGAUCGACACAGAUCUCAAUGCUGGAGCAGGAGGUAAUCACCUCUACCUUUGGUACUUCAAAGGGUCCGGAGAGUUUAAUACUCCCAUAGUGGACAUUAGUGUCACUGCAGAUGGAGACAAGGAAACUGAAAAGUUUGGUCUUGGUUGGGAGAGAGUGUCCUGUGAUCUGAACCGCGAGGCUAAGGGGAACUGGAUCCACGUGUGGCUGAAGAGAGAGAAACAAACCUACAUCUGUGAUGUCGCUGCCACUGAUUCCUACAGAUCAGACACCGACUACUUUCAGGAUGGCUACAUCCGUAUGGAUGAAGAUACUAACAGAAAUGCAAAAGGAGCGUAUGUCUUCACCUGGUACCGUCAGACCACCGACCCCAAGAAUGCACUCAAAGAAAUACAAGUCUCCAUCACUGAUAGUCAGUAUCAGAGCUAUCAGCAGCAAAAGUACGAGUUAGUGAAUGUUAACCUGAACGAGGGGACCAAAGGUCAAAAGGUGUACAUGUGGUACAAGAAAGAGGGAUCCAACCAACCCAUUAAGGCCAUCGCCCUGCUGCUCAACACAGCUUUGGUUCCAGAUUAUCAGAAGGCUGGUGUCACUGUUAUCCAGAGAAAUCUCAAUACAAGAACCAAGGGCUUCACUGAGUACCUGUGUUUCUAUAAGUAAAGGCAGAGAGUUCUCAACACUCACUGAAGUAGAAAGCAGGGUUUGUUAAAUCACUUGGUGAUGGCUUUUUGAAAACAUUUUCUCUCUACAUUUCUUUAUAUAAAACAAUGUGAUUAAUAUAUAACAGUAAUAAUAAUGAAAAUAUAUACUGUAAGUAUCAAGGCUAAAUUAAUGAUAUGAUUUAACUCUCUGUCAAUAAAGACUAAUCAAAUCAUUUCAAGAACACGGUUAAUGAAGGAUUGAGAAUGAAGGCUCUGUUUCACUGUAUUCUGCAUAUGUUCUGCUUUUCAAUAAACACAAAUCUGCAUGUGAAAUGA